AUGAAUAGCAGCGCCGAGAGAAAGUUUGUCAACUUGAGAAAGCGUUUGGACCAGUUGGGCUACAGACACCCCCUGGGCAUCGACUCACUUCCUUUGGUGGAGAAACUUUUCAGUGAUUUGGUCCAUACCACUGAAAGCUUGCGUACUGCCAAGCUGUCUGCUGGGAAGACUGAGAAAGAAAGCAAAAACUUUGAUGCAUUACUUGAACCGUACAAGGCAGAAAAUGCCAGACUGGUCAGAGAGAACAAUGAGCUCCACUUGGAUCUGUUAAAGCUAAAGGAGAACAAGGAUCGUGUAAUUAGUGAGCUUAAGGCACAUGUCAGAAAAUUGGACCAUGAUACUACUGAUCUGAAGUUUUUAAAUAACCAAUAUGUGCACAAAGUACGCUGUCUUGAAAAAGACAGUAAAGCCAAAGGAGAACGCAUUCAACAGCUGCAGGAGAAAAACAUGCAAGCAGUGGUGCAGACCCCAGGUGGCAAAAAACACAGCAUUCCCUUCAGGCGUCAGAGAAUGCAAAUUGACAAUCUGAUUAACAACUCAUCAUCUUCGUAUCCUGUGCAACAGCCUGACGACCCUUACGUAGCUGACAUGUUGCUUUUGGCAGAUGGAAGAAUCCACGAGCUACAAGAAGACAUAAUAAAACUUAAACUUGACUUGGAAAAUUGCCAUGAGACGAUACGACACAUCAACAUUCAAGUGGAGGAGAGGGAUAAAGAAAUCAACCGUUUGAAUCACAUGCUUCAUGGUGGACGACCUCAUGACGUGAUUUCUCUCGAAGCUCAAAACGUCAGCAAUGAGAAGAUGAUUGCACAUCUCAACCUGCAGAUUGAGUAUCUUCAAGAGACCAACAGGACGCUGGAGCAGAAGGUUCAGGGGCUGCAGCAGAGGAAGAAACACGCCUCUAGUGAAGUCGCCGAUCUCUCUCUCAAAAACCUGGAGCUGUGUGAAGAGUUGACACACAUCGAUGACCUCGCCAAGAAGUUGGAAAAGGACAAAGAUAGAGUGUUGGAGACGGCUGAACAGGAACUGCAAGACAGCAAGAAAGAGAUCCUGAGGCAACAGAAAAUGAUUGGUGAUCUGGAGGAUAUCAUCACAAAGCUGAGAAGUAAACAGUCUGAGACGGACUUUGAGAAAGACCGCCUCAGAGAUGAGAUGGCUGAUCUAAGGGAGCAAAAUGUGAAAAUGGAAGGUCUGAUCAAUUUCGUGGAAGAAGAAAAGAGCAGGUUACAAAGAAAACUGGAGAAAACCCUGGCAUCUGAUAAAGACUUGGUGCUGGAGUUGGAAGCCAUGCGCACUAAAUAUGGCGUGUGUGGAAGGGAACACUCCCCGUCACGACUCGACGCUUUUGUCAAAAGUUUAGAAGAAGAAAGAGAUUACUAUCGACAAGAGGCAGAAAAAUACAAGAUGUCCAGAGGCGGCCCAAGCCGCAGUCCUGUAAGAGGCAGAAGUCCCAAGAGAGGAGCUACAGAGGCUGAAGUUCUCCGGUUGGUACAGGAGAGAGAUGGGCUGAGGAACGUUUUGUUGGAUUUUGAGAAACACAUGGAAGAUAUUCAAAAUGACGUGAAAACUCUGACCGCUGAGAGGGAUAAACUAAAAGUAUUAUUAAAUCGGGCACAAUUGGAUUUGAAGGCUUCUAAAAGGAGAGACUCGCAUGGAGGUUUACAGCUGGAGGAUGAGAUCAAAGAAGCUGAACUCAAAAUACAACAGUUGACCUCAGAGAGAGACUUGCUGUUGGAUAAAUUAACGGUCGCGCAGGGCACGGCUCUCAAUUACAGGCAAGAGGACGAAAAGAAGAUGGUCGACCUUGAGAAUUACGUUAAGAUUAUGGACAGUGAGAGACUGGACCUGCGUGCCCAGGUUUGUCUGCUGAAGGAGAGCAGGGAGGCGGUGGAAGAGGAACUGAAAACUCGUUGUGCGGCUUUGGCCCAAAACACAGAGGAGACGGUCCAACAAAAGGCAGAGGCGAGUGCCCUGAGAUUAUUGCAGGAGCAAAUGGAGCGAUCUCUGGCUGACGCACAACACCGACUCAAUGUGAAGAUAAACGAGCUCCUUGCUGCACGAGAACAGAUUGAUGCAAUGGAGCAGAAAAUGGUUGAGUUGAGUCAACAGAGUUUUAGACACAAAGAGCAGGUGGCUCUGUUGCACAAGUCCAUCUCAGCACUGGACCGAGAGAAGGACGCUCUCCAGCACGACGUAGACCUAAAGACGGAGAAGCUGGUUGCUCUGCAAGACGAGCUCGGCAAGAAGGAGAGGACUAUUGAAGACGUGAGAGUCACAGUUACUAACAUGGACAAUUCACUGGGACAGCUUCAGGGAGCCUUGAAGAGCAAGGAGAGGGAGAUAACAAGUCUAAGGAAACAAUUGAACACUUGUCAAGAGGAAGUGGCCGGACUCAAGAGAGACAGAGAAAUCACUGUCCGAGAGAACAGGAGGCUGCAGGACGAUCUCGCUACAAUGACCAGAGAAAAUCAGGCCGUACAUGUGGAAAUGGAAGAAGUUUUACAUGAAAAAGACGAGCUUAAGCUAAGAGUCCACUCAUACAUCACUGAAGUAGCCAGAAUAGACAAAGUAAUGGCUGCUAAGGAGCAGGAGAACAGAGACCUCCUAGAGCGCUUCAGAAUGGCUCACACAGACGUGGAGCAGCGAGAGCAGAAGCUUCAGCAAGCAGAGGGCAUCAACAACUCCAUCAGACUAGAGCUGCUGUCCUCUGACACAGAACGCAGACAACUGAAAGUCACAAUUGCUAACCAGGAGAAAGAAAUCAAACAACACAUGCAGGCUCUACAUACAUAUGAGGGGCAGGUGUCUUCCCUGGCUCGUGGGAUGUCCCGUCUGGAACAAGAGCUGCACAAAGCCCAAGAGGAGAAGAGCGCUCUGAUUUCGGAUUUGGCUUCUGUGCGAGAGCUCUGUGUUAAAUUAGACUCUGGGAAAGAAUUAACAACUCGACAUCUCACCAACAAAAGCAUGGAUCUGGAAAGGGUAACGGGGGAGUUGGAGGACGUGCGAUCAGAGACGGAGCUCCUGAAGAAGCAACUGGCCAGCGAAAGAUUAACCGUUCGCAACCUGGAGACGCUGCUCUCCACCAAUCGACAAAAGGAGUUUCAGACGCACCUCACGGCCAGCGAGAAAGAGUCUGAGCUGAAAAUACUACGAGACCGACUCACCCUCGCUGACAGCAAAAAUGCUGAACAUUCUCGGGAGGUGUCUCAACUGCGCAGUAAAGUUUCUCAGCUGCAGACAGAGAUGGAUGUGUUAAAACGACAGCUGACCAGUGAACGCUUUGAACGGGAGAGAGCCGUCCAGGAGAUGAGGAAACAGGGUUUGUCCUUCUCGUCCCUCAGGAGUCCAUCACCUCAUAAUGUCACCUCUGCGUCUCGCUCUUCCCCCGAGCGCUCCGUCUUCCGAAGCCUGGACCGAUCCAACGAAUCCAAGGCAACGGACAAAAGUGUAAGCUUCAAGGAGUGA